AUGCCCAUUGUCCAUCAAGAUACGGUGAAAGAAAGCAUCACCUCGGAAUGGCGUCAUUUCAUCUUAGUGGAGACCUACUACAGUUCCAUCAUCUUGCCUAGGAUGCUGGCCAGUCUGCUGACCGGGGACAGAAACAUUUCUGUUAGUGGCUGCAUCACGCAACUUCCUUUUUUUGGUUUCCUGGCAGCUACAGAAUGUUACCACCUAGCAGCGAUGUCUUAUGAUCGGUAUCUGGCAAUAUGCAAACCACUGCAUUAUGCCAUCCACAUGAAUGGUAGGAACUGCCUCUGGCUGGCAUCUGGGUCUUGGAUCAGUGGAUUUGUGGGCAGUACAAUAAUGACAUUUUUGGUAUCACAAUUAACUUUCUGUGGCCCAAACGAAAUUGACCAUUUCUUUUGCGAUUUCACCUCAAUGAUUAAACUCUCCUGCAGUGACAUCAGUCUGACCACCCUGGUGACUCUGAUACUUUCUUCCACUGAAACCCUGAUCUCGUUUCUGUUAACCAUGACAUCCUGUGUUUACAUCAUGAUCACCAUUCUGAGGAUCCCUUCCACCAGCAGGAGGCAAAAGGCUUUUUCCACCUGCUCCUCUCACCUUGCCGUGGUCACAAUUUUUUAUGGCACCAUAAUUAUCGUCUAUGUGAUGCCAAAAAACAGUACACUGAGAGAGCUGAGCAAAGCGUUCUCCAUCUUCUACACCAUCCUUGCUCCCCUGGCCAACCCCCACAUCUACAGCCCGAGAAACAGAGAGGUCAAGGAGGCCCUGAGAAAAGUUUGCUUUAAGUAUCUUGCAUUCACACGUUUUAAUGCAUUGGAAUAA